AUGGGGGAUGCGUCGGACGUCGCGGAACCGGCCACGGAUUCUACCAGCAAGUGGAGUGAAAUUAGUGAAUUUUAUGGCUCCCCGAAUAUGUUUCGUCGUUUCACCCUGGAAAUGGCUCAGCAGUGUCUCCGGGAAGAGGAGUUGAGAGCCAGACACCAAGCUGCUCUUCUACGUCUUCGUGGAGAAGCCGUCUUGGAGAAAGCCAAGGCUGAACUUGCGCUACUCGAGCACCAAAGAAAAUGUUUAGAAAUGAAGAACGAACGCGUCAAAGUGGUGGACGUUCUAAGACGAGAAUUGGAAAUCAAGACCAACCUUAAGCAAGAGCAGGCAGAAAUAAGACACUUGCACAAUAUUUACAAGUCUGCCCACCGGGAGAGGAAGCUUCUCCUGAAGCAGCAGGAAGAGAUCUUACGCAUCCACCAAGCGACGGCUCGCGCGCAGCACAGGCUGCUCAUCUCCGGGGAACCUGGCCAGAGCACCAAUGAUACAUUGUGUCAUCAGUCAUCGGCUUCAUCCGGGCAGAACACUCACGCUGGAAUUUCUGAUCUGUCAGAGGAUGACGACAUCAUGGAGGAGAGACGGCCGGCGGCCAACGACAGUGUUCAUAUCUCAGAGGAUGGAAUUUCCACCCAAGGAACCUUGGUGCCCGAGAAAACCUUACAGGUUUCUGAGAAUAACGAUGAAGGCAACAAAAGUUCAGAUGGUCCUCCAAUAAACCCAGAUGGACCCGCGGACGGCUAUCCUUCAUCGGGAGUGCGGGAGCCAAUGAUGGGAACUGUUGACAACAAUCAUGGAAAUCUCCGUCAGCGCUUGCCGACGGCUUCUGAAAAUCCCCGGCAUCAUUCACCGGAGGCUUUGGAGGCGAAGAUAUUUUUCAUGGAGAGGCUUCAACCUUGUGACGUCCACAACGGUUAA